AUGAAGGUUCAAACCAGCAAAACCUGUUUAACCACAGUUGAUAUAGAAUUAAAGAAGAAAGAUAACUAUUUCUCCUGCUCUUUUCUCCCUCCCCAAGGCGAGAGAAUCCUGGGCUAUGCCGAAGAGCCUUGUUACCUGUGGUUCGUCAUGGAGUACUGUGAAGGGGGAGACCUGAAUCAGUACAUUCUUUCUCGCAGACCAGAUCCCGCCACCAACAAGAGUUUUAUGCUCCAGCUGACCAGUGCCAUCGCCUUCCUUCACAAGAACCACAUUGUGCACAGGGACCUGAAGCCUGACAAUAUCCUGAUCACGGAGCAGUCAGGGGCUCCUGUUCUCAAAGUAGCAGACUUUGGGCUCAGCAAAGUGUGUGCUGGCUUGACCGCUCGAGGCAAGGAGGGGGGGAACGAUAACAAAAAUGUGAAUGUGAACAAGUACUGGUUGUCCUCUGCUUGCGGUUCAGACUUCUACAUGGCUCCUGAGGUGUGGGAGGGACACUACACUGCCAAAGCAGACAUCUUUGCCCUGGGCAUCAUUAUUUGGGCAAUGAUUGAAAGGAUAACGUUCAUCGAUGCCGAGACCAAGAAGGAACUCUUGGGGACUUACAUCAAGCAGGGGACAGAGAUUGUACCUGUCGGGGAAGCUCUGCUAGAAAACCCAAAGAUGGAGUUGCACAUUCCCCAGAAACGCAGGACUUCCAUGUCUGAGGGAAUCAAGCAGCUCUUGAAAGACAUGUUGGCUGCUAACCCGCAAGACCGACCCGAUGCCUUUGAGCUUGAAUCCCGGAUGGACCAGGUUACUUGUGCUGCUUAAACUCAGGUCAAAGUGUUGGUGGGCUCUGAAAACAGGGAUUUCUUACAGGGACCUACAGUCUCCAUGACGUACAUGCAUAGAGCAAGCUGAGAAGGGUCUGUCCUGGACUCUGGUACCGUGAAGCUUUGAGACUCGUCUUGAAGCCCCAUGAGAUACAAGGAAGACAGGAGCUACUGUAACCUAUUUCAUUAUGAGACUAUUAAAGUUCAUCCUUUUUUACAUUUCCCCCUUUCUUUCUCUCCUGCCAGUUCAGCUUCGCCUGUUCACUUGAUCUGUGCAGUACAUUUGGAAUUCCUCUUUAACCUAAACAAAAUACUGAAGAAGAAAAAAAAAUCUGCAAAUAAUUUUCUGUUGCUGCUACUGCUAAGUACCAGAACUCUGGGCCAAAAUGUGUUUUCUCUUCAUGUUGUUGAGCAGGGUGAUAUUGAGUUGAGAGUAUUGAGGGCUGUGGCAAAGUACUUUUUUUGUUUUUUUGGUCUCUGGUUGCUGCUGCUUAGCCCUUAAAGCUAGAAACAUGACUGAAUAAAUCUUUCUCCUGCUCCCCUUUUUAAAAAUGUCCUGCAUCAGGGGACCUAAAUGUGUGAUAUCUGAUAGGGACAUUAAGGCAGACCCCCCACGUUGAAGGUGGCCCCUGAGUUAGAAACUCAGUUCUGACCAUCAUAGGACCCUGUGUUUCUGUGUGCCAAAUUUCACAGGUCAAGAAAGGGGGUGUGGUGUUUAGAAAUGAUGGCAGGCGUCCACAGAAAUUAUCUUUAUGUAGAAAAUGCUAUCAAAAGCCUGUAUCUGCUGGGGUUAGUAGCUUGCUUGGUUGGUCUUUGGCUGGCCAAGAUUCAGCCAGCCUGAGAUCAAGUGGAUAUCUUAACAUCCGGCUCAAUCUUUUCCUAGUUUAGAUCAUUUAAGCAUUCAGUCUAUUUGAAGGUUCUUCCCUUGCUGUAGAGGCCUACAAAGGCACAGUCCCUUUCUUGCAUCUACGGGUUUUUCAGUGUGAGCAGUAUCUUUCCCACCACUAUAGCCAUCACUUGUGUAUAUUUAUGCAUACACCAAGAUUAGUCCUGAUUUGAAACAAUGUCCUAAGUAGCUCUCCCCUAAAACACUCCUUAUCAUUCCAUUGUUCUUAAAGAUUUAGCUUUAUUCAAAGCAGUUAUAUUCAUUCAAAGCUGUUGGCAAGCUUGGUGUCAUGUCUCUGAGUGGAAGUCGUGACACUAAGCUUCCCAACAGGGGAAUAUUCUGAAUAUUCUGUCCUAGCGCUUCCUUAAAUCGGUCUUAGGUUGGUCUUUGCAAUUACCACUGUUCGUUCAGCAGCAGUGAAGACACGGUUGGAUCAGCGCAUUAAAACUGAAUCAACGCUUUGUCCUCCUCCCCUGGUAAGAUGAACUCUGUAAUUUAAAUUGCUACAGAGGUUAUCCAUAAGAUUCUGAAGGAGUGCUUUGCUAUAGCUAUUGGAAUGCAUUUGCUCCAUAAAACAUGGGCAUUCCUUAGUUAUAUGCAGCCAGAAUUAGACCAUGAAUAUCAGUCUCAUGGUGGAUGAUAUGUGAAAAGCUUACAAAGCUUUUCAUUUGCAAGUCCUUCCGUAAGCUCUUCUACGCAGCCAUAUUUAUGACUGAUGAGAAAGACAUUCUUUCAAGAAGCUCAGAAGAGUCCCUUUUGAGUUUGGAAUCCAAGAUAAGCUAGAACUAUUUUCCCAGAGAAGUUUCAUCCUAAACUUGACUUUAGCCAUCUGAACUAUCCAGUCUGGAGGAAAAGAGUUUGAUCCAAAUUUGGGUUUUUGAGGCACCAGCCAUUUUUUGAACUGUUGCCCUUAAGAUUUGGGGACUAAAUUCGCAUAUAUAGAUUAUCCUCAGACCAGUUGGUAAAUUCAGCCAUGCAGGUCCUAGGGCACAAGCCAUGUUAUAUUACGUGUCAAAGAGUAUGAGCAUUUGUGUAAAACAUUGCUCAAACAAAGGAGCCCUUGCAUUUCACUUCUGCACUUUGAGGGAUGUUUGUGUGUGUGGAGGAAGCCUCAUGAAAUGCCAAGGCUUUAUCCCUCUGGAAGACUGUUCAAGUAAACAGCCCUUUGCAGCUGAACUCAUCCCGGUUAUUGUGUGAUUUCUUUUCCAGUUGUUGGGGCUGAAGUUAAUGCUUUUGUGGUGAUAGCUUAGACCAGUGUUUCUCAACCUUGGC